UCCAGGCCCCUCUCUCUCUCUCUUUCUCUCACUCUAUCCUCAAAGGGGGGAGAAGGGAUAGAGUGGGGAGCGGAGCUCAGCUCACUUCAGCGGGAGCUCAGCCCAUGGCCAUGGCGACCUCCACCUUCUCCGCCCACCCGCUCUCGCUCAAGCCCCAGCUCGGUCCCAAGCCCCACCGCCUCCACCUCGCCCCCUUCCCGCGCCUCCGCUCCCACCGCCGCCUCGCCGCCGCCGGGGAGGCCCCCGUCGAGGCGCCGCCCAAGCCGGCGGAGGCGGAUCCCUCCCCCGCCGCCUCCAACGGGUCCGCCGCUCCCGCUGCCGCUGCCCCGGUCGCCGCCGCCGCUGCUCCGGUCGCCGCGGCCAAGGCCGAGGCGGUGGCGUCGCCCAAGUUCCAGGACUCGAGGUGGGUCAACGGGACCUGGGACCUCAGCCGGUUCGGCAACACCGGCGGCGCCGUCGACUGGGACGCCGUCAUCGACGCCGAGGCCAGGAGGAGGAAAUGGCUUGAAGAUUCCCCCGAGGCAAGUAGCAGCGAAGACGCCGUUGUGUUCGACACUUCGAUUAUCCCAUGGUGGGCAUGGAUCAAGCGGUUCCAUCUCCCUGAAGCCGAGAAGCUAAAUGGCCGUGCUGCCAUGGUGGGCUUCUUCAUGGCUUACUUUGUCGACAGCUUGACGGGCGUGGGGCUCGUCGACCAAAUGGGCAACUUCUUCUGCAAAACCCUGCUGUUUGUUGCUGUGGCUGGGGUGCUGCUGGUCAGGAAAAACGAGGACAUCGACAAUCUGAAGAAGCUCAUCGACGAGUCAACGUUCUACGACAAGCAAUGGCAGUCAACUUGGCAAGACGAUUCCCCUUCCGGGCCGAAGAAAUAGCUCCAAAGUUGAAUUUUGCGGUGGCUGAGGGGUGACGCGGACUUUCCUCCUUAUGUUGUACUGUUUCUUUUAUCAGCCUUCUUUUUCGAUGAACUGUGUAAUGACUAUGCCAUCUUGUAAAAAAAUAUGAACUCAGCUAUGUGCUAGAGCCUAGAGGUAAACGUUUCUGCAGGUUAUUUAGCUGAACGUUUUGCUGCUGCAUAUCGUUGCAGGGUUACUAUACAAAAUCUUGUUGUGUA